AUGUCGAACAAGGUCCAUGAAAGGAGCUUGGAGAUGGAGGAGAAAGGUUGUAGACAGAUCAAGAAGAAGGUUUUAGAACUUCCGAAAAAGAUCAAGAAGAUUAUGAAGAAUCUAUGCAAAGUUGGAAAAGAAGAUCCAAGAAGAGUGAAACAUGCUUUGAAAGUAGGAGUUUCCUUAACACUUGUGUCCUUAUUGUAUCUCAUGGAGCCUCUCUUCAAAGGCAUUGGAAAAAAUGCAAUGUGGGCAGUCAUGACCGUCGUGGUCGUUCUCGAGUUUUCUGCUGGAGCGGCGAUAACAUAUCUAAGAUUCAUCCCAAACAUAAAAAAGAACUACGAUUAUGGCAUGCUUAUAUUUCUCUUAACGUUCAAUCUAAUUACGGUAUCGAGUUAUAGAGUUGAUACUGUGAUUAAGAUCGCACAUGAGAGAUUCUACACUAUAGCCAUUGGUGUUGGCAUUUGCCUCUUCAUGAGCCUUUUGGUUUUUCCUAUAUGGUCCGGUGAGGACCUCCAUAAGUCUACUGUCGCUAAGCUGCAAGGCCUUUCUAGCUCCAUCGAAGCAUGUGUGAACGAGUACUUUGAGGAAGAAGAGAAAGAUAACGAAACAUCCGAUACAUCAGAAGACAUGAUUUAUAACGGUUAUAAGACUGUCUUGGAUUCUAAAUCCACCGAUGAAGCACUCGCAUUGUAUGCAAGUUGGGAGCCAAGACACACAAGACAUUGUCAUAGAUUUCCAUGGCAACAUUAUGUUAAAGUUGGAUCUGUUAUUCGUCAGUUUGGUUACACUGUUGUCGCUCUUCAUGGAUGCUUAAAAACCGAGAUUCAGACUCCGAGGUCUAUUCGUGUUCUCUUCAAGGAUCCUUGCGUAAGACUUGCCGGAGAAAUCUGCAAAGUUUUGUCGGAACUCGCCGCAAGCAUCCGAAACCGACGUCACUGUUCACCAGAGAUUCUCUCCGACAGUCUCCAAGUUGCAUUACAAGAUCUAAACUCCGCCAUCAAAUCACAACCUAAACUCUUCUUGGGCUCUAACCAAAACGGCAACAACGUUUCCCAAAAUGGCAAUAGCGGUGGACAUAACCCAAACAUCAAUAAAGACACAAACAACGUUGUUUCCAACGACACCCCCGGAUCACCUCUUGGUCAAAAUGUUGCCGUUUCACGUCAAAAUACUGGAACCCCACGCGGCGAAAACAGAUCACGUUUUGGACCACAUGCUGCCAUUUCGUUUUCAAGAUUGAGGGCUGAUACGUUAGAAAGGGGAUCCGCGGCGACAACCGGAGAAAGGAAGAUUUUGAGGCAACAAUUGAGCAAGAUUGUGGUGAUGACGAGUCUUGAAUUCUCAGAAGCCUUACCAUUUGCUGCUUUUGCGUCCCUUUUAGUCGAAAUGGUUGCGAGGCUUGACAAUGUGAUCGAGGAAGUGGAAGAAUUGGGAACAAUCGCAUGUUUCAAGGAGUACAAUAGCAAUGUUGAUCGGACGGAUGUAGAGGUUCGAGUCGAGAAACCGGCAAAUCUAGUGGUUGGCGUGGAGUGA